AGCUACCCGAGCUAUGACGCAUCCCCGUACUCAGCGGUCAGUCCUUACUAUCCCCCGCUGCUCCUCCCGCAGAUGCGGCCGCCCCCGCUCCCAAAGCCCGUGGACUCGUCCCUGUGGGGCGGCUCGGGAAGCAGUCCCAGUGCCCGUUGCGCCGACAGCUUCUCCAAGAAGCUACCAGUUGCCACCAAGCUGCCAAAACCCAGGGGUGGCCCCAAGCAGCUCCCGCUUCACUAUUGUGACAUCUGCAAGAUCAGCUGUGCUGGUCCCCAGACCUACCGCGAACACCUGGAAGGGCAGAAGCACAAAAAGAAAGAGGCGGCUCAGAAUAUGGGCAUCCAGCCCAACGGCAGCCCACGAGGGGUGCAGGCGCAGCUGCGCUGCGACCUGUGUGCCGUGUCCUGCACCGGGGCGGAGGCCUAUGCUGCCCACAUCCGGGGCUCCAAGCACCAGAAGGUCUUCAAGCUGCACACCAAAUUGGGGAAGCCCAUUCCCAGCACGGACCCGGCGCCAGCGAACUCGGCCCAGGCCACCAGCACCAGCCAGCCGGCCUCCACCCCCCUCACCGCAGAGAGCCCCCCCGCGGUCCCUGCCAGCCCCAGCAUGUGUGCCCCAAGCAGGCCAGCGCCAGCCAGGAGACCGGCCGCCUCGAAGGCCUCGCACGUGGGGCCUCCUGCGCUGCCGACAGCAGACAGCAGACCCCCCCAGGGGAAACCGGCACACUCCAGAUCAGAGCGGCCCGGAGAACCGCCCCCCCAAGGAGGCUCUGCGGAAGCUUCUGGAAGGUGCUGUGACGCACAGCCGGUGGGCCCAGGCUACGUGGAGGAGGUGUGCAACGAGGAGGGCAGAGUGAUCCGGUUCCACUGCAAGCUGUGCGAGUGCAGCUUCAAUGACCCCAACGCCCGGGACAUGCACGUGAGGGGGCGGCGGCACCGGCUGCAGUAUAAGAAAAAAGUGAACCCCGAUCUUCCGAUUGCGGACAAGCCCAGCACGAGGGUUCGGAAGCUCCUGGAGGAGAGGCUGAGGAAGCAGCGGCAGCUGAGCAAGCAGCGUCUGGGGGAGCUGCGGCGCCGGCACGACGAGAUGAGCAGGCGCUAUGGCUUGUGCAAGAGGCGGCUGGAAGAGGAGCCACAGGCGCCGGAGGCGCGCUCGGGACGCUCGCCGGCCGACCAGCAUCCACCUCCCCUCGGGAGCAGGCCGGGGCUGUCCACAGCCAAGCCUCUGCCCAUGAGGCGGCCGGAGUCCAGCGACGACCGGCAUGUCAUGUGCAAGCACGCUGCCAUCUACCCCACAGAGGAGGAGCUCCUGGCCGUCCAGAAGGCCGUCUCCCACUCAGAGCGUGCCCUCAAGCUGGUGUCCGACACAAUGGCCGAGGAGGAUUCCGCGCGCCCAGAGCCAGAGGGCGGGGAGUGCAGCCGCCCAGGCCCCUCUGCUCGGAUCCUGAAAGGCGUGAUGCGGGUCGGCCUCCUGGCGAAGGGCCUCCUCCUGCGGGGAGACAGGGCCGUGCAGCUGAUCCUGCUCUGCUCCCAGAAGCCCACCCGCGCCCUGCUGCGCAGAGUCACGGAGCAGCUGCCCCUCCAGCUCCCGAUGGUGACAGAGGACAAGUACGAGGUCUCCUCUGACCCUGAAGCCAACAUCAUCAUCUCCUCCUGCGAGGAGCCCAGGAUACAGGUCACUGUGUCCAUCACCUCGCCCCUGAUGCGGCAGGACCCCUCUGCAGACCGAGAAGGAACAGAGAUGCCUCCGCCUGACCCGGGAGAUGUCCUGAGCUCAGAGAAGUGCCUCCAGUCGCUGGCUGCCCUCCGCCACGCCAAGUGGUUCCAGGCGAGAGCCAGCGGCCUGCAGCCUUGUGUGAUCGUCAUCAGGGUCCUUCGGGACCUCUGCCAGCGCGUGCCCACCUGGGGGGCCCUGCCAGACUGGGCCAUGGAGCUGCUGGUGGAGAAGGCUCUCAGCAGCACGAAGGGGCCCCUGAGCCCCGGGGACGCCAUGAGACGAGUCCUGGAGUGCGUGGCCUCGGGGACACUCCUGACAGAUGGGCCGGGGCUCCAGGAUCCCUGUGAGAGAGACCAGAUGGAUGCCCUCGGGUCCAUGACCCUCCAGGAGCGGGAGGACAUCACGGCCAGUGCCCAGCACGCCCUGCGCAUGUUGGCGUUCCGGCAGAUCCACAAGAUCCUGGGCAUCGACCCUCUGCCGCCCCCUAAAAGCAGGCCUGGGGUGCGCUUCCGGAAGAGGCCACGGGAGGUGCAGCCAAUGUGGGUCCAGGGCCCACCCCUUGAAAGCGGAGUCUGGGGGCUCUGCCUGGUGCGGGGCACAGAAUCAGGCGCCUCCUGGCACUGGUGGACAUGAGGGCACCCUUGCCCAGCUCCCGCCCCGAUCCGUCCAAACUUCCCUCUUUGCGACAGCCUCUCUUGCCUGGCUGCCCCGUGGCGCUGAAGGAGAUAAGUCCAUCUUUGGGCUGACACGAUCUUUUCUGGUCACUUGAUUGUUUCCAGCUCAUUUCUGUGUUUAAGGGACAGCCUGUGUGUGACUUCACAUCUAAUGUCUUCAUAGAACUACCUGGAA